AUGGGGAGAAGCAGCACAAACCAUCCGGCUGUUUGUCGCUCAACCACGCUGUUGUCUGCUAACUUCCAGGGUGAUGUCACAGCAAGUGAGGUUUUAAGUGACCAGCCGCCGUCACCGGUCAGCGUGUGUCAAGGGACACUGCGGGAUUUCCUCAGACCGGAGUAUGAGGAGGAAGAAGGAGAGGAAGUCUGUGUCGUUGCAACAACGCUGGGUCAAGGUUUCGAAACGAGGACGAGGAGCUUCUACAGCAUAUGUUCCAUUGACGCAGAUGACCUUGAACACGACCAUGUCCACAGCCAAUCCCAAACAGCUGGAGCAACACACUCACUGCACACAGCUGAAGUAGAAACAGCUGCUCUGCCCUGCAUAGUGGAGUCUCCGGUCUCCAGCCAAUCACACGCAGAGGCACCCACAGCCUGUUACCAGCUGUAUGUCACAGAAUCUAAAAUGACCAGCGAACCCGCUUCAGCGCAAUCACGUGCUGCAGAACAGUCAGAAAAGUUAUUCUCAGCAGCGCAGACCACCUCACCUCAUCCUUUUGUAUCUCCACAGCUGGUAAAGCCUCUGUGUGACCCGCUGCCUCCGGCCACCAAUCAUAUAAAAGAUCAUCCUCAGGCGUCCACACAGGACAGCCCUCAGCCUGAAGACUUUUACUGCCAGACAGCUGCAAAGUACACAGAUGAGUCCAGGGAUGACAUCCAGUUGACAUCACACAAAGAUGAAAGAGCAUGUGUGGAGGCGGGGACUGUGAAGGGAUCAGAGGAGUGUGUGUGCGUGGAGAGUGUGUGUUUAGUGGAAGAGAGUUUGUACUUAGGCGUCCACAGAGCAGCAGAGGGAAGCUUCAGUGCCACCAAGGUACCGGUGGUUAAAUCCCAGGAGGAAGAAUUGGAGCAGAGUGUGGAUUCUGACUUUAACCCUCUGGGCAAUCUUCUGCAUCAGGUUGCUUUGCCUCUCUCUGGAGGUCAGACUGAGAAGGAUAAAACCUCCCUGCAGGGCGAGGCUUUCCCUGUGAGUAUCUGCAGAAGCUACAGCGAGGAAGGUGAUGUUUGUUACAGUGACACAGCAGAUACAACUCUUACCAACGUGUCUUCAGUUUCCACCGUCCCAGUUGUCUCUUCCCUGCCCACUGACCUGACUGCCUUCUCCUUGAAAACUACAUCUUGCCAGUCUGACUCCAUCACAUCUGACAUAUUAGAUGUUAAUUCAAACGAUCCAACAUUUAACUUGAGCAGCACUAAACAUCCUAGUCAAGAUGUUGAACAUGUACACACUGAAUCUGAGCACAGGGAUGCCAGGUCUAAUGAGAAAGCUGAAGAUGCUUUGGAUGACGAGCCUGUUCAGGAAGUCCUCAUGAGCGGAGACGACAGACAGGCCGUCAAAAAACCAAAGCCAGAAAUGUGUCAGAACAGCAAACAUAUUGAGGGAGGUGACGUUACAGUCGUUUUACCUGAAACAGGCCAAAACACCUCUCUCCUAGAGACGAGUGAUGGAAAAUGUGACCUGUUAGAGUUACUUGAUGACUGUGCGCCUGUAAAUACAAGCCUCAAACAUCCUCCUCCAGCUGAAAGUGAGCUUUCUCUUCCUACUCCCUUAACUCCACCUCCCUCUUCGUCGUCUCUGUGCACAUUUUCUGAGGAAGGUGAGUGUAGUUUUUGUCCAGAGGCUGAAACUGAUACUACUGGAAGUGGAUGCAGACAAAUCCAACUGAAGUUAAAUCCACCAGAGAAAGUACUUAUGUGUGAGGAAAGCGAAGAGACAGCAGCUGCACAGGGGACUCGUGCAGCUGAUCUGCCCUUUUUCAUGCCAAUCAAUCAUGAAUCGGCAGAUACAGUAGAUCAGCACCCCCGCACGCCUCACACAGCCUCUGAACCCCCACAAUUAUUAACCUACAGUGUUUCCUUUGAAUCUUUGAAUCCUAAAGUCGACACCGGCCUGCAGCAUGAAAUUGCUGACUUUUCACCUCAAGCUGGAGAUUCAUUAAAUGGAAUUCAGUCAGAGGAAAUGAAUGAGCUGAAGAUGGAAAUGACGCAGGAGGAGCACCCUGCACUUGACAGCGUUAUUCCCCCAGAAACUCUCAAUAUUUCAGCCACAGAGACACCGUGCCAAAGCGUCAAGGUCCAUGCUGACACCAGCGUCUGUGACUCACACGUGAUUCCUAAUGACUUCAGCUGUCUGAACCACAAAACCUCGGGUUUGGACUGCCAGGAGGACCACACCACGAUCACUGUGGACCCAGGUCAGAUCGAUGUUUAUGCUUCAACUCCGUCAUACGAGAUUCACUUCCCUGGUCACGAGCUCUCAGCGACCGCUGAGGAGGGAGAGAGGGAAGGAGGGAUGAGGGAAAUGGUGUCCGAGCUGCUGGGAGAGGACGCAGAUUCCUCCAUCUGCCGCCUCUAUCCCCACCCCUGGAUCAAGCUGGGUCUAGAGGAGAGCUGCGGAGGGUGGGCCCAGGGGGCGGCUGAGGCCGAGCCCAGCCAGGGUGAGAGCAAGGCGGGCACCAACGCGGAGCAGAUCCCAGCCUUGGUCUCAGAGCUCCAGCCCUCUAUGGCUCUGCUGGGAGCUUACCCCUUCAGCACUGUGAUGCCUCAGGGACCCUGUGUGUGGGACUGGCACACCGAUUGUUGUCAGUCUGGACCUGUUGCUGCCCCUAGCCUGAACCCUAAUGCUGAGGUAUGGACCAAUCCCAACUUUACCGUGGACGUUCCUGGCCCCGCCUACCUGCAGGCUCCGCAGCCAUGGCUGCAAUUCGCUAACGAUCUGACCAAUCACGAAGGAUACCUGCCAGAGUUGCAGCUGGAGAAAAUGGGCCUGGCCGAGGCUGUGGUGGAGGCAGAUCCCAGCACACUAGAGUACCAGACGCUGACAUCCGAAGCUCCUAUAGUUAAUGGAGAGCCCAGUGAACCACCUGUUACAGAUGAGAUCAGAGAAGAGCUGAGGACAGUUUUGGAGACCUGCCUGACCAGGGAGCACCUUGGCAAUGACCUGUACCUCAACUCUCAAAUGGACAGUGACCAGUACAUUUCCAUCGCAACUCUGGCCAGUCUCGACAAGAUCAAGAACCUCAGCACAGACCUGGACCUCAUCUCCGACAUUUUGAAAUCCCUGCCGCUGGUCCAGGUGGCUCCGUGUGGACAGAAGGUCCGGCCCUGUCAGAGUCGAUGUGUUGUCAUCCUGCGUGAGAUCCCCAACAGCACACCUCAGGAGGAGGUGGAAGCUCUCUUUGAGGGCAAGGACCUGCCCAAGUUCCUGAGAUGUGAAUUUGUGAGCAACGAUAACUGGUUCAUCACAUUCAAAUCAGAAUCCGAUGCACAACAGGCUUAUAAGUACCUCAGAGAAGAGGUUCGGGUGUUUAAGGGAAAGCCCAUCAUGGCGAGGAUAAAGGCCAAAACCAUGGCAGUCACUUCCUACGCUCCAAAAAAUGGCUACAGACCCUCGAAACUGGACCAGUGCAGCAAUCAUUACAGCUCCUACUUCCCCCUAAGCACCUUCCAGCAGCCGUGGCCCACCCACAUGCCAGCACAACAGCUGUAUGAUUUCGCCAAUGAGGUGUGGGCUUCAGCUCCGGCAGGAUACCAAGACUGUGCGGAGCCUUCAACACUGAUGAAUGACUUCAUGAAUGGAUUCUCAGCAGCUUCCAACUUCAAACCUUUUAACUCCCACAAGCCAAGGAGAGGCUCGAGGUGGUCAAACUCUGGAGAGCGUUGGCAGUCCCAUCAGACUGAUUCCUCAUCGGAGCAUGCACCACCGGAGCGCUCCUUUUCUCCGACAAAGCCGGGGCGAGCGCGGUCGCAGGGCAACGUGCGCCGUCAGAGCAGAGGGGGAAGGACGGAGCCCAACAGGAGAGGAAACUUCAGCCAGAGGAGGAGAGAGAACCCGAGGUCAUGGGACAAAUCAGCUGGAAACAAUCCUAAUGCACCAAGUCAGUCGCCUCCUCGUCAGCCGUCGCCUCCUCUGGAGCUCGGGCUGACGAGCUUCCCUCCUCUUCCUCCGGCAAACACUGCCAUAGCAACGGUACCUGCAGCUAACAGCAAUGCCAAGAGUCCAGUCAGAAGCAGCAGCCUCUGUGCAGCAGUGCCAACGAUGUCACAAGAGCCUCCGCCUGUCUCACAGCAGGAAGUGAAGGAGCGUGCAGAGACUACCGGUGAGGCCAAACCGGCUCAGCUUACACAGGAACCAGUCACAGAGUCCAAGAAGCCGAGCUACGCCGAAAUCUGCCAGAAGAGAGCAUCGUCCAAUGAGCCGGUGCGGUCCGCUGAUCACGCCUCUCCUGAGGCAGAGCACAUCCUGACCUAUCCGGGUCAAGCGUCCGAACCAGCUCUGAUGCCACGGUGAUCAAACUGAGUGGAGAAAAAGACUGUAAACUUUUCUUUUUUUUUGCCAGCUGUUUAAGAACUCUGAAGAGUAAUCUGAGUGUAGAGAGUGAUGUGGUUACGUUCACAGUGCAGGAUUAGGAUAUCACAGCCUUUAAAUGAACUACAUUCAUGUCUGGAUCUAGACUGAAGUGUGUGUCGGGGGUCUGGCUGGAUCAGGACAGGACCGGCUUGUUUGGGUCUGCGGUCUCUAACCGUUCAGGAGGUUAAAUCCCACUUUUCAGUUUUUAGAGAGGAAGCUGGAAAGAAUCUGUAAAUGUUGAUCUGCAAUUUUAAGUUACGUUUUAUUUCUUGGUUUGUAGUUCAGAUCAGUUUAUUGAGGUUCUUCUGAUUGAUUUGAUUUAGUCUUGAUUUGCUUUGACAGCAUUGGCGCUUCUUUUCCUGCUGUCUGUGUGCAUUUGAUGUUGUUCUCGCUGUACAGGAUGUUCCGCCAUGACCUUCCCCCCCCCCCAUACAUCUGUGUUAUUCUUUAGUCCGCUGUGGGCACACACGAUGCUUUUUCUCUAAAUAUUAGUGCUAGUCACCCAGUUUGUUUCCAUUUUCAGACGUUGGUGAAGUCCAGGCCUGUAAUGAACCAAGGUCCAGUGUGUGUUAGUGAGUACUAGGAGGAUCAGAACUCUAUUGAUUUGGUCUCACUAGUCCAGGAAUCCAAUUGGACUUGAAAGUAUGUUCCCCUCAAAAAAUUUUUUUAUUUAUGUCUUAUUUUUUUAAUUUAUGUUAGACAGGGGUGCUUUUGUGUGUAAAAGCUUUAUAGUCUCACCGGCGUUGAGAAAGAAGUGUAGUUGAUGUACGUCGGUGUCAAAACGUCCAGUGUUUGGGACACAUUUCAGGUCGUCCCAUGAAUGGAAACAUGCUUUUGGCUGGUGUACAUAAACAGCACAACGUGUUUGAGAACUUGAAUUUGAUUGAGUCCAGUGCUCUUUUGUUUAAAAUAUACAGUUUUAAAUGUUGUCAUGGAGAAAGAGCAGUCAUGGUUGUGGCACAUGUUACUUUGUACAGGUGUACAUAAUAAACAAAUAUUAAAGAAGUGCCUUUGAAGUUAAAA